AAGAGAAGGUGGAGAAAAAAAAAAAAAGCAUAAAAUCUAAGUAUAUAUUUCUAUUAAAUCUGUACAAAAUCUGAUCCAGCGAUGCAAUAAUUACUGGGGAAGCAAACAGCUUAAAAUGGGUCUUGGAGAUCUCUGAUAGAAUCAGCAGUUGUGUGUUUUUCUGAAAGUUUUGCAGUAAGAGAAAGCUUGGGAUUCGCAAAGAAAAGCUCUGCAGAUCUUAUCUCUCUCUCAAUUCUCAUACACAAACACGCAUCACAAGAAAGGAGAAGACUAUGGGUAGCAGUUAUUUUGGAGAGCCAAACUUGGGAAAUGAAAGAGGUGGGUCUUCAAGAAAAGGCAAGAAAAGUAACUCAGACAAGCCUAAGCAACCCCAGAGAGGCCUUGGCGUUGCUCAAUUGGAGAAGAUCAGAUUACAUGGCCAAAUGGGUAGUGGUUAUCAUCCCUCUCUUCAUGGCUCCUACGCUUCUAAUUUCAACCAGGAGGAUAUGAUAAUGCAAACAGCUUAUUCAUCGGUGCCAUCAUCUUCUUUCUCUUAUUCUUCAUCAUCUGCAGCUUCCUCAGUUUCCUAUGGUUUACCCCCUAACAUCAUGAUGGGGCUAGGUGAUCAUUAUGAAAGAACAAACAUAAGAUAUGGUGAUUCCCAACCCUCCACUGGAGCAAGCUGGAACCCCGGGAAUAGUUUCUUGGAGGCUCAACAUUUUGCACAGGGAGGCUCAACUAGACACCUUUUAAAUCUACAAGUUGAGGACACACACCCAAAGAAGAGCAAGAAACAUCGGAGCGACUCGAUGGGUUCGAGCAGCCAAAAUUCUGAAUCAAGUGACAAUCAAGAACCAGAUUUGGAGCUCAGAUUGUCCAUUUAAUGAUCAGUCACUAAUUUCUUCCAGUCAAAUGUGCAAGGGUCAGCAAAUGCUUUUACAUUCAAUAUGGGAUGUUGAUGAUGAGCAAAGGUGAUGAACUUGUUUGAAGUUUCAUUUGCAAGGGAUCUUGUGUAAUGAAAGAUAGGUUGACUUUCUGCAUAAGUAGACAAUGAAUUCAUGAACUACGAAAGAAAUGAGAAAGUGAUAGCUCUUCUUCUUACAA